CCUGUUUAAUAACACAUGCUGGAUGCCGAGGAGGUUCUGGAGAGCGGCCUGCUCCUGGAAGAGUCUGGAACACUGUACGCUGGACACACGGAGGAGUGGAGCGUCCAGACACGCUGUAGUUUGAAUGACAGCGAGUCUGAGGAGGUUCUGAAGGCCAUAAACCCGAACGAGAUGUACACGUCUGCGGUGUGUGAGAGCGACAGCGGUCUGUCUGAAGAUCAGUGCUCAGACGGAGCCCAUGAGCAGAACCUCGGUAACACUGUCUAUCAGGUGGUGUAUGACAUCAGCGGCGUGGGCGGAGCCUCGGAGCAGCAGACGCCACAGAUGGACGUGAUCUCCAUCGAGCUGGACGAGUGGAGCUCUCAGAUGCUGCUGGAGGACUCGUGUGUGGUCAACGAGCUGGUGUCGUCUGUCAGAAUGGAGAACGUUUCUGCUCACCACGCUUCAGCUGCUGAUGAUAAACUCUCCUCAGGUUUUCCUGAACUCCAGCUCACAGAGGAGGAGCAGAAGCUGCUGGACCAGGAGGGAGUCUCACUGCCCAAUAACCUGCCCUUAACAAAGGCUGAGGAGAGAAUCCUGAAGAAAGUGAGACGGAAGAUCCGGAACAAACUCUCUGCGCAGGACAGUCGCAGGAGGAAGAAGGAGUAUAUAGACGGUCUGGAGAGCAGGGUGGCGGCGUGUUCAGCUCAGAAUAAAGAGCUGCAGAGAACCGUUGAUCAGCUGGAGGAACACAACAUGUCUCUUGUGGCUCAGCUGCACAGACUGCAGGCUUUGAUCAAGCAGACGGCCAGUAAAGCUGCGCAGACGAGCACGUGCAUCAUGAUCCUCAUCUUCUCUCUGGCUCUGCUCAUCUUCCCCAGUUACAGUCCGUUCAGCCGCCGCUCGCCGCCAGCGGAGGACAGUUACGCUCCGGCCGCCGUGAUUUCCAGAAACAUCUUGAAUGAGGCGGAGUCUGUUCCUCUUCUGGAGGAUCCUGGAGAAGACGAUCCGAUGUCUUCAGAGCCUCAGCCGCUCGCAUCAGAACCCAAACCUGCAGACGCAGACGGGCCGCAGCAGACGGAGGACGCAGCGCUGGCGCAGGAUUGGACAGGAGAACAGAGGAACCGCUCGACCGCAGACGCAGACGCAGACGCAGACGCUCUGUCUGUGGGUCUAACGGCUCCGGUGGCAGACGCAGCCAAGCCGCCGCAUGCUGAUGAAAUGUGAGGCGACUCGAGCUGUCUGUCCUCGGCGGCUGUGGAUCGUCUGAAACAAAGCCAAGAGAAGAGCUUCUCUGACACGCCUUUAUUUAUUCCCUUCAUCAUCAUCCUUCUGUGCUUUAGUUUAAAAUAAUCAUAGCAGCUCUGUGCACAACAAAACGCU